CCCCCCUCUGCCCCUUCCCGCCCCCUGCCCUCUCGCGUGUGGCCGAUCCCCUCGUCCGCUUGCAAGGCUCGCCCGAACGCGCCCGGCCACGACACCCGCGUCCGUCCCUUGGCCCGAUGAACUACGGAGCCACCGUGCCACACGGGACGGACGCCCCUCUGCCGGGUGGGACACCGGCGCCGGCGCCGGCGCCGCCCGACGGCGUUCCCACCACCACCACGCCCCUGGUGUCCGCGGCCGCGGCCCAGCCCCGACACCUGCGCACCUUUGCCACCCCGGCCGAGCUGCCCCUCAGCCCAUCGCCCUCCUUCGUCGGGUCCGAGGGUGCUGACAGCAGCGUGGCCCCGGACAAUGUGCAGCCCGACCCGCAGGUGCCAUCUCCGGCAGCCGAGGCGUCGGCCCAGUUGGCCGGCGGCCUGGCCAGCCUGCCCACGCCGUACAGCGAGCGGGCGGUCCCGCUGCCGCGCACGGCCGCCGCCUGGGCCACCAUGGCCACUCACAGCCAGGGCAGCUCCAGCAACGUGGCCUCCACCUCGGCCGUCUUCUAUGGCGGGGCCUUUUCCGGGGCAUGGCGUGCGCCGCCGCUGACCUUCGGUGACAUGGGUCUGGCCGUGGUGCUGACCAUGCGCGAUGUCGCCAAGCAGGCGAUCCAGGAGCUCAGCGGGACUGGCGCCAGUGAGGCCAUCGGCGGAUCGGCCGGCGGCACCCCCGGCGGUGUGUCACCCGUGGCGCGCUCCCUGCUCAGCAACACGGUCCGCACGGCGCGCUAUACCUGGUAUGAUUUCCUCCCCCGGCAGCUGUUGGCGCAGUUCUCCAAGAUGGCCAACUUCUACUUCCUCCUGAUCGGCCUGCUGCAGCAGAUCCCGGGGAUCUCACCGACCGGCCGGCUGACCACCAUCCUGCCGCUCUUCCUUUUCGUCGGCUUCGCCAUCCUGCGCGAGCUGUAUGACGAUUUCCGCCGGCACCAAGCCGACAAGGAGGAGAACAACCGUCUGGUGGAUGUCUUCCUUGAGGGGGCCUGGCAGCAGACCCGUUGGAAGGAUGUGCGUGUGGGACACGCCCUUCGAGUCACCCGUGGCCAGCCGCUGCCGGCGGACUGCAUUCUAUUGGCCUCUUCGGCCCCGGAUGGCAAGGCCUAUGUCGAGACAAGUAACCUCGAUGGCGAGACCAACCUCAAGGAGCGCCGCGCCCUGGAGAUCACGCAGGCCGCCCUGAUUCCCAGCCCCGACGGGGGCGGAUACGGCUCGUUGGAGACCGGCCUGCAAAGGCUGUCCGGCCAUGUGCGCUGCCCGGCGCCCACUCGGCAGCUGGAUGUCUUUGAGGCGACCAUCUCCCUGUCGCCUGUGGCCGGGGGCGGGCUCGAUGCCGGGCUCCCGGGGCAGGAGCUGUCGACCGCCGAGACGGCCAUGCUACCGGCCUUCGAGUCCUUCGGCCUGAACCCGGAGCAGCUUCUCCUGCGCGGGACCGUUGUCCAGGGUGUCGACUGGCUGGUGUGCCUGGUGGUGUAUACCGGCGAGCAGACGCGUGUCCGGCUGAAUGCCACCCAGGCCCCGACAAAGGCGGCCUCCUUCGAUCGGGCUGGCAGUCGAUUGGUCAUCCUGACCUUCGUCUUUCUCUGUCUCAUGGUGGUCCUUUUCGCCGUCAGCGGGUUCACCUGGCAGCAGCGCUUCCAGGUGGGGAGCUGGUUCCUCCCCGGGGCCGGGGUCACUGUCUUGGAGUUCUUGACCAUCUACCUGAUCCUCUUCAAUGGCAUCAUCCCCAUCAGUCUCUAUGUGACCCUGGAGUUUGUGCGCUUCAUGCAAUCCAGCUUCAUCGAUGUCGAUCUACAAAUGGCCAUCCCCCUGGAGGAGGACCCGUCUCAUGGCGCUGGGCAGGUGACGGCCCGGACAGACUCGACCAUCGGGGCACCACUCAAGUUUGCCCGCGCCAACACCAGUACCCUCACUGAUGAGCUGGGCCUGGUCCGGCACAUCUUCGUCGAUAAGACUGGCACCCUCACCGAGAAUGACAUGCUCUUUAAGAAGUGCGCCACUCUCGGGGCGCGCCCGCGGAUUUUCGCCGUGCCCGAUUCCACCGGUCCUGCCGGGGAUGUGGACCAGCCGGCCGAUGAAGGCACCAUGGCCGACCUGCUGGAACAGGCCCUUUACAAUCCCCAAACCCUGGACUUCAUCCUGGCCAUGGUCCUGUGCCACUCUGUCCUGCCGAUCACCGAAGACCAAGAGGCAGGCCCUGCCUCCACCUCUGGCAGGGCCCCGGCUAUUCCCCAAUUUGAGGGCACCUCGCCCGAUGAGAUUGCCAUUGUCCGGGCCCUCUUCCAGGCCGGUGUGCGAGUUGUAAAUGUCACUGCCACGCACAUUGGUCUGGAGCUGCCACGCGCAUUGGCCGCAGCCGCAGGCUUCCCCCUGGACAAGAGUGGGUCCGGCUCGGUGGCCACCGUGCGCAUGGGUGUGGACCUCCUCCAUGUGUUGCCUUUCUCGUCGGACCGCCGGCGGAUGUCGGUGCUGGUUCGUCUGCCGGGCGUUGGGGGUGAUCUUGCCGGUCGCGUGCGCCUGAUCGUCAAAGGGGCCGAUACGGUGCUGACCGAGCGGGCUAGAAUGGCUCCCGGUCCGGAUUCUCCGAUCGAGGCGCUGCUGGCUCGCCUGGCCGGUGACGGCCUUCGGACGUUGGUCUAUGGCGCGCGCGAUCUCGAUGCGGACUUCUAUCGCGAUUGGUGCCUCGCCCUUCGUGAUGCGUCUCUGACGGUCGGCGACCGAACUCGCGCCGUGCGCGCGGUCUUCGACCGCCUCGAGUGGGACCUACACCAGGUCCCGCAAGCUGGCGUUCCCAUGCAGGGGGGCCUGGAGUUGAUUGGUGUGACGGCCAUCGCCGACCGCCUGCAGAAGGACGUCCCUGAGACGGUGACCGCCUUGCAGCGCGCCGGCAUGUCCCUCUGGAUGCUGACCGGUGACCGGCGCGAGACGGCCCUGCAUGUGGGCCGCGCUGCGCGACUAAUUGCCCCGAGCACCGGGCGCCCCGCGGCCUCCACCUCGACCGCCGUGCGCACCACCAUGUUCGACACCCUCUUCCUUUCCGGCACCAGUCUUCCGGCCAUGGCGGAGUCAAUUGUCGGCUCCUUUGCCAUGAUUCGCGACAUCCAGGACAUGGGUCAAGCAGCGCCGGCCCUGGUGGUUGAUGGCACGGCACUCCAGCUCCUGAUGGACUUCCCCUCGUGCACCGUCCCGCAGGCAGCGCAGCUGGCAUACGGGCGCCUGCCCACCGGCGCGGCCCUCGGUCUGGGGGGCGAUCGGCCGGUUCGCAUCGAGGAUCUGGGCCUGCCAUCCGGCCAGGACCCGGUGGCUGCAUUGGCCGAGGCCCUCGACCGCCAGCAGGACACCCUGUUGACGGAAUUCCUGCGGCUGUGCUUCAGCGCAUCGACCGUGGUCUGCUGUCGGGUGGCCCCGCUGCAGAAGGCGGCGGUGGUGCGCCUGGUCCGAACAUAUACGGCGGCCCGGCCUGCCGAGACGGACCCCAUCCGGCACCGGUCUCCCCCGGGCGGGGUGUCUGGCUCGUCGACCGGGGCCACGGCCGGCCAGCGGCCGGCGGCCAUGCUGAAGCAGAUCGGCCAGCGCCUGGCUGCCGGGGUCCUUCCCCCUUCCCCGGCGCCGGUGACCCUGGCCGUGGGCGACGGGGCCAAUGAUGUGGCCAUGCUGCAGGCGGCCCAUGUGGGCAUUGGUCUGUCGGCCGGCCGCGAGGGGCUGGCCGCGGCUCGCGCCGCCGACUAUGCCGUUCCCGGCUUCCGGCAUCUGGCCCCGCUGCUCCUGGUCCAUGGCCACUGGAAUGCCGUCCGGUCGCGCAUCUUCUUCCUGGAGACCUUCUACAAGUGUGCCGCCAUCAAUGCCAUCCAGGCCCUCUUCCAGCUGGCUACCGGUGGCUCUGGGGCCAGUCUCUUUGAUGGGUGGACUCUGGCCUGCUACAAUGUGCUCUUCACCUCGUUCCCGGUCAUUGUCCUGGGCAUCUUCGAGAAGGACAUCCUCUCGCGUCGGGUCCUCACGUCUCUGGCUCCGGAGGUUUACCGCCAUGAGGCUCGUUUCGGGGGCCUCAACUCGGUUGCCUUCGUGCGGACCUUCUUUGAGGGUAUCCUCCAUGCGGCCCUGGCUUUUGGCCUCGUCGCCGGCGCCCUCAAGUGUCUGGGGGAGGAUGGCGAGUCGCAUGAGGCCCUUGGAAUGAUCGUCUAUUCGGCGGUGGUGGUCCAUGUGACGCUCCGGAUUGGCUUCGUGACAAUCAGCUCCUGGUCCAUGCCGACGAUCGUGGCCAGUCUCGGCUCUCUGGCGCUCUGGGUGAUUUAUCUUUUCUUCUAUUCGAUGCUGCCCAACUACGCGUACAAGGCGUACGGGCUCUUUACCGCCAUAUUUACCGGGUCCAUGGGUGCGCGAUCCACCCUGGCCGUCAUUCUGGUGGCGGUAGUGUGCGUGCUGGUGGCCCACAUCGCGGUGCGCCUCUUUGCUCAGGAGGUUUGGGGCUGGUGGCGCGCAUCCGGCACCUGGAACGGCUCUCCUGGCCCCGGGGACACGAGCAUCGUCCGGGAGUUCCUUCAUCGACAUCGGCGCAACUUCAACCCCGAGGUCUCGUCUUGCGACCUGACGGAGCGCUUCAGUAUGGCGCUCUCCUAUGGACGCCAAGUCGAUCGGGACGCCAGCUGCGACUCAUCCAUCCACUCGACCGAAGAGCUCAGUUCGCGGGACUUCCUGCCAACCACCGGCAUCGCCCGACACUCGGUCUAUGAUGACCAUGCUGUUGAUCACCAUGUCAGCACCAGCAACGUCAACAGCGAGCCUCUGACGCCGCCUAUUAAUCCCCUCGCGACCGAAGGGACCGCGGUCUAUUCCUUCAACGCCUCGGGGCUCAGCCUGGGCAGUGAUUCCCCUGGUGGAGCCUUCGCCGACUAGCGGCGCUCAAGCACCCUCUUCUCUCUCAGCUUCCCUCGCGCCUUUGGCGAGCCAAAAGGAAGGGGCACAACGAGGUGACGAGGCAGGCAGGAGUUUCUACACCCUCCUUCCCGCUGGAGGGGGGGGGGGAGUAUGUACGCGCCCGUUCCGCUUUUCUCCCGGCACCGUCCGAAAUAUACAUUUUUAUAUCCA